AUGCACAGUACAACUGCGUCCGGUAAUAGCACGUACCGAUAUACUCAUAGUAGUACCACUACCAUAUUGAAUGACGGGGUUUUAAAUGGCUCAAUGGUAUGUGCUUCUAAUUCCAUUGUAUUUGAUCCAAUGAGUUUACUUCGUGAGCAAAAAGAACUUUUGGAACAAGCACAAGCCAGUGAAAUCCGAGCAUCACUGUUUCUUCGCCUACGACUAAGCGCUCAACAAAAGUUAACCGUACAACGCAAUCAAUUGGCCGAACGACGAGCUAUGCAAAAAGAAUUUGAUAGUCUUUCUUCCAAUGCCGUUCCACCCUCUGCCUCUGCGCGGACGACGGCCCCAACACGGCAUACAGCAGCUCUCGUUUCCAAUACGACCGUCGCUGAGGAACUGAAAGGGGAUGGACAACAUUUAUUGUUGGAUGGAGGAGAUGCAAAGGAAGAGAAGGAGGAGCAGCGGUGUCCUGGAUGUACACGUUGUUAUACAGAUAUGGCUGCCUUCUCCCGUCAUCAGGCGAAUUGUAAAGAAUAUGCCGCAUUACUUCGGAAAGCAAGUUUGGCAACUGGAUCCUUAUCACAUGUAGCCAUCUCAACAGAUUCUACAGGAACAAGAGGGCGUUCAACACCAACUUUCAUGGAAGAAUUACAAGCUGUACAGCAACGACUAAAUGUUGUUGGUACUACUACUGCUUCUACGGUUUCUCCUUCUCCUUCCAUUGUUUCUCAUCCAAUGGGGACUAUAACAUCCUUAGUUACAGAGUGUGGAUUAUCUUCUGGAGAGGCACAACGACGAAACGUUGGGGGAAAUACUGUAGUUGCUCCUGCACUUCUUUCGCUACGUACAGAAAGUCAAAGUACGAAUUACUCCGUUUCCAUUCAGUGUUCUACUCCACAGGAAGAGCGACCAGAUGAUCGUGAUGAAAGAGACGGGAGACGAGAAGAACGAGGUUUUUGUUUUUCUAGAGAACUUACCCCUUCAUCUCCUGGUGUAAACUCUCAACAAAGAUUACCAACAACUGGAGUACUUAGUAUAGAUGAGAUACCAGCUGCUGUGACAGCUAGACCCUCUGUAGAUUUAACGGCAACUUCAAUUUCUAUGGGUAUUACUUCUCUUACCGCUAGGGAUAGAGAUGAUAUCGAUGGAUCUGCCAUUAAAGGUCAGCAACUCUUUUCUUGUAGACAGAGUAGUGUUACAAUGAUGAGUAAUAAUGGUAGUGCUGCUAAUUUGAAGAUGGAACCAGAGGGAGUAGAUGAGCCAUUAAAGCCUUGCCCUCAUUGUGGACGUCAGUUUUUUGCAAUAUCACGUUGGCCCCGACAUGUUGCCGUAUGUGAACAACAACAACAACAACAUCCACAACGAAAAGGUUCAAAAACCAAUGCUAGUUCAAGGCGGGUAUAUGAUGCUCGUGCUCACCGAAUAUCUCAGAUAUACGCUGGUGAGAAUAUAAGCCCAAUUAGUAUUUCUAAUGAUAGCAGAAAUCCAUUAGUCUCUAGUAGAGGAAAAGCAGGGAGUGCUUUAUCAUCUACUCGUAAUAGUGGCCCUUUAGAAACUGAAAAGAAAACCCCGAAGUGGCGCAAACAACGUGCACAAUUACGACAGGCAUUACAAUUAGGUAGUGGACGUUCUCAUGAUACUAAUAAAAAUGGUGAUAGUAAUGGAGAUUUAUUUGAAGAUGAUCGAGUAUGUUGUCCCUCAUGUGGACGUCGCUUUGCACCGGCAACAGCUGAACGUCACAUUCCUUUUUGUAAAGAGCGACAAGGGGGAGGGAAAACAAUGCGAAUGUAG